GGACAGUGGGGUUGUUCGCAGCGGUGCCUCGGGCUGUGCAGAGUAGCUCGAUAAAUACGGACAAUACUCCAUUUAAAGACAACAGAACAGACCCCCGGUAGAGAUGUGCACUUUUGAUAAGGACAAAGCACCCAGGAGGCUAAUGAAAAAGGGGUUAACUCUCAUCCUGGUCGGCCAUAUUAACUUCAUUCUCGGAGCUAUCGUCCAUGGAAACGUCCUCCGCCACAUUUCCAAACCCAACCAACGUGUCACCACAGAAUACACCGUUGCAAAUAUAAUCUCUGUCACGUCUGGACUGUUGAGCAUUGCCGCAGGGAUUAUUGCUAUUGUGGUGUCAAGGAACCUUCAUGUGUCUAAACUGCAAAUAGGACUUCUAAUAGCGUCCUUCCUGAACGCCUUGCUCUCAGCGGCGUGCUGCACCGGGCUGCUCUUGGCCAUUAGUAUCACCAUUGCACACAAUGGUCAGGGUUUGAUGCUGGGGUGCAAUGACACGGAGGUGCCAAUCAAUGCUCGGUCCCCUGUCAGCGCCCAGUGCCCAUUCGAUACAACACGGAUCUAUGACACCACUCUGGCGCUGUGGAUCCCCUGUGCUGUGCUGUCAGCGACUGAGGUAGGCCUGUCUGUCUGGUGCUUCGUCGUCGGAUUGGCUCUCAGAGGGCUUGCACCCUGUGGGAACAUCUAUAUCAAAGAGCAGCUGGAGGGAGAGGCUGAGUGCACUCCUCACAGCCAGCGCUUGAUGGAGCAGAGUAUGAACCUUGAUGCCUGAACAAAAAGCAGGAAUGGACACUUAACAUGUACAGCUACAGUAAAACCUAAAAAACCAUGACUACACCUGUAUUCAGACUUAUGCGUGAGUUUUCAUCCAGUCAGCAAACUCUCUGUUAAUGAAAUGCAGUGAUAAAGGAAUGGGGUUUUCUAUAAACUUGUUUUUAUUUUGCAGUACCAUACAGUAUAUCUACACCUCACCUCUCAUAAAUAGAUGGAUCACAGAAUGGAUCUCAGUAUUUGUAAGGGCACUGAAGCUGGGUUAGUCUUCUUGUGUUAAAACAAAGCUUUUCAAAAUGAAGGAAAUUCAUUUUAGUUGAAUUAAAGUAUUUUUUAGCUAAUGUUUCAUUUUAUCUCAACGCACUAUAUUUUAUUGUAUUGAAAUGUUUUUACAGGAUUUAACUGUUUAUCCAGUCUAAACCACUCCAUUGCAUCUGAGAUUUCAUAAUGCCUUAAUAUUUGCCAACAUUCAACUGUAAUGCCUAAAAUAAUCCUUUUAUUAUAUUGCCAAUUCAUGUUUUAUAUGUAUAUUUUUUAACUAAAUUGGACUUGCUAAAUUUCACCUUUUGAAAAUGGUUUGUAUCAUUAGAUAAAUGCAAUUAUGACUGCAAUUAUGUUUUUUUUUAUACUAAAUAUACGUUACACAUAUAAAGUGAUGAAACAAAAUGCAAAUGGAGUGUGUACGAUUCAGAAUGCUAAAAUACGUUAAAACAGUACAUUUCUGAAUGUCCUGUAUGAGAACUCUAUUUGUGCCUGGAUGAGUGUGGAUGGAUGUCAAGUGGGGUUAUGUCAAGAGGUUAAACCAGUAAUGUGGGCCAGCACAUUCAGCGACUACCCCCCCCACUCCCAACCCCCCACAGCUCAGUGACAGUGAAAAUCAGAUCAGCAAUGAAACGGUUAAUCUAGUGUGGUGCUCAAUCGUGUGGAAGGCGAUCACAGCACGCAAUGCUAAUCCUUGAGCUGUAAGACAUAAAUAUUGACAUAGUGUUGACUGAUACAAUCAUAACAUGUCUGUGAGGCUAUUUCAGCCGCUACGAUGCUGACGGCCACUGAUAUGAACUAAGAUGAAGAAAAGGUUGUCAAUCUGUUCCUGCCAGUCUUGUUGCAAUAGGAAAACAAUUGGUGUUUAUGCUAUGCAAUGCUUGCAAAGUCACAAUAA